AUGUGUGACAUUAUGUCUGGAUCUGUUGACCGAACCAUGAAACUUGGUCAUGAAAUUGAAAAUUCUGAGGAUGAAAAGAAAAGGCUUGGGUCGCUAAAGAAGGAGGCAAUAAAUGCCUCAACUAAGCUCAGGCAUUCCUUUACCAAGAAGGGGCGAAAACACAGCAGGGUUAUGUCUCUUUCUAUUGCGGAUGAAAUUGAUGCUGAAGAGUUACAGGCAGUCGAAGAUUUUGGCCAAGCACUGAUCUUGGAAGACCUAUUACCCUCAAAAUAUGAUGAUCAUCAUAUGAUGCUAAGAUUCUUGAGAGCAAGGGAGUUUGACCUUGAGAAAACAAAACAAAUGUGGGCAGAUAUGCUUAAGUGGAGGAUGGAAUUUGGUGCUGACACUAUCAUGGAGGAUUUUGAAUUCGAGGAAAUUGAUGAAGUUCUAAAAUACUACCCACAUGGGCAUCAUGGAGUUGAUAAGGAUGGACGACCUGUUUACAUUGAAAGAUUGGGUCAGGUUGACUGUAACAAGCUUAUGCAAGUAACAACUAUGGAACGUUAUCUCAAGUACCAUGUUAGAAAGUUUGAGAGGACCUUCGCUGUUAAGAUGCCUGCUUGUUCAAUCGCAGCAAAGAAGCACAUUGACCAAAGCACAACUAUUUUGGAUGUGCAAGGAGUGGGUCUUAAAAGUAUGAACAAAGCUGCAAGGGAUCUCCUCCAGCGGCUUCAGAAGAUUGUUGGUGACAACUAUCCUGAGAUCCUGAACCGUAUGUUCAUCAUCAAUGCUGGUUCUGGAUUUAGGCUCUUGUGGAAUACCGUUAAGCCAUUCCUUGAUCCCAAGACCACCUCAAAAAUCCAGGUCCUAGGUAACAAAUACCAGAGCAAGUUGCUUGAAGUCAUUGAUGCCAGUGAACUUCCAGAGUUCUUGGGCGGUACUUGUACUUGUGCAGAUAAAGGUGGUUGUAUGUUUUCUGACAAGGGACCAUGGAAUGACCCAGACAUCUUGAAGAUGGUUCAAAAUGGCGAGGGAAAAUGCAAGGGAAAAACCUUAUCCGGCAUUGAGGAUGAAACAUCACUUCAAAAGACAGGUUACAAAAAAUCAUUUCCAGAGACACAUGAUGUGCAAUGUUUGUUGUCAAAAGUCGAAAAGCAAUCUAAUGUGCAUCAGUAUGACGCUUUUGUCCCAGUGCUUGACGAGCUAGUCGAUUCAUCUUGGAAGAAAUCAGUAGAAAAUGAUAAAUAUGCACCUUCUCAAGGUGCAGAUUGUUUCCCUACCCAUAAUAACAAGAAUUCUGAUGGGUUUAACAAUCAAUUUUUUGGUGGAAUCGUGGCCUUAGUAAUGGUAAUUGUAACCAUGAUCCGUAUGGCCUUAGUAAUGGGAAUUGUAACCAUGAUCCGUAUAACAUGUAACUUGCCAAGGAAAAUAACUGAAGCAGCAUUCUAUAUCAGACAAGUAUAUUAUGAUGGGACUACGAUGAAAGCACCUGCAAUUUCAAGCAAGGAAUACACGACAACGAUGAAAGCGCCUGCAAUUUCAAGCAAUGAAUACAUGACAAUGAUGAAGCGCAUGGCUGAACUAGAAGAGAAAAUGACUGUUCUCAGCAUGAGACCUGUCAUGCCACCCGAAAAGGAGGAAAUGCUAAAUGAUGCUCUAAACAGGGUCAGUACUCUCGAACAAGAGUUGGCUGCAACCAAAAAGGCACUUGAUGAUGCCCUUGCUAGACAAGUAGAACUUCAAGCUCAAAUUGAUGAGAAGAAGAAGAAGAAGUUGUUCUGCUUCCACUGGUAA